GACGUGAGGUGAGGUGACGUGAGGUGAGGUGCAGCGGCUCUGCCACACAUCCGGGUGUCGCUCCUGUUCAGAGCGCAAACUCGCUCCAGGCUGCGGCGAGCUGCUGCUGCCGCUGCGUUUCCGCGACGCUGACUGAGAGCAGGGAGAGAGAGAUUCAGCUGGAUUAUCAGACCGAUAUGUGCGAGGAGAAACAUUGAAUUCAGUGACGUGAUUGCAAAACCUUUGUACAAUGUGCGUUGCUGUGAAUUAACUUCGGCAUGGACGACAUGGAGGACGGCUUAGUAAUAACAACAACACUGCCUGACAUGCGAGACGCAGCUAUGGCCAAACUAUAGGAGAGUGGCCGCAUCUCCCUUCUGAUUAUUCCGCGCUUUUUCCGUUCAUGCGUUCGUGUCAAAUCUGCGUUUCUUUCCCGGAGGAAGCAUGAAGAAGUUUAAUAUCAGAAAGGUGUUAGACGGCUUGACUGCGGUUUCUUCCUCUUCCUCUUCCUCCUCAUCCGCAUCGGCUCAGCCGGGGAACAGGGAGAACGACAUCAUCCAGGAGUCUCUGCAGUCCGAGCAUUUUCAGCUCUGCAAGACAGUACGACAUGGCUUUCCUUAUCAACCUUCAGCCAUGGCUUUUGACCCUGUGCAAAAAAUACUGGCAAUUGGGACACAGACUGGCGCAUUAAGACUCUUUGGCCGUGCUGGUGUAGAGUGUUACUGCCAGCAUGAGAGUGGCUCGGCUGUCAUCCAGCUGCAGUUUCUCAUCAAUGAGGGGGCGCUGGUGAGUGGUUUGGCUGAUGACAGCGUGCAUUUAUGGAAUCUGAGGCAAAAAAUUCCAGCUAUUCUUCACUCACUUAAAUUCACCAGGGAGAGGAUCACAUAUUGCCAUCUCCCCUUCCAGAGUAAAUGGCUUUACAUCGGAACAGAACGCGGGAACAUUCAUAUUGUCAAUGUGGAGUCCUUUACUCUCUCAGGCUAUGUCAUCAUGUGGAACAAAGCCAUUGAACUAUCUUCAAAAACCCACCCUGGUCCUGUGGUACACAUCAGUGAUAAUCCUAUGGAUGAGGGAAAGCUUUUGAUUGGUUUUGAAUGUGGUAGUGUUGUGUUGUGGGACUUGAAAUCCAAGAAAGCUGACUACCGCUACAGCUAUGAUGAGGCAAUCCACUCAGUGGCCUGGCACCAUGAAGGGAAACAGUUUGUGUGCAGUCAUUCAGAUGGCACACUUACCACAUGGAAUAUACGCUCUCCUGCCAAGCCAGCACAGAUUAUUACACCACAUGGCAAGCAGCCGAAGGAUGGAAAAAAGCCUGAGCCAUGCAAACCCAUACUGAAAGUAGAAUACAAAACAACCAGAGCUUUGGGGGAUCCUUUUAUGAUACUGUCUGGCGGUCUUUCAUAUGAUACAGUGGGACGCAGGGCCUGCCUGACUGUAAUGCAUGGAAAAAGCACUGCUGUACUUGAGAUGGACUAUCCCAUUGUGGAUUUCCUAACUCUGUGUGAAACUCCCUAUCCGAACGAUUAUCAAGAGCCUUAUGCUGUGGUGGCCCUGCUGGAGAAGGAUUUAGUAGUUAUUGACCUCGCCCAAACCGGGUACCCUAUCUUUGAAAACCCAUAUCCUCUGGCCAUUCAUGAGUCCCCAGUGACCUGCUGUGAAUACUUUGCAGACUGUCCAGAUGACCUCAUCCCUGCACUUUACUCUGUUGGUUCCAGGCAAAAGAGGCAGGGCUACAGUAAAAAGGAAUGGCCCAUCAGUGGUGGUAAUUGGGGCCAGGGCACACAAAGCUAUCCAGAGAUCAUUAUCACAGGACAUGCUGAUGGAUCAGUCAAAUUUUGGGAUGCUUCUGCAUUAAUGCUGCAGGUGCUGUACAAGCUAAAAACAGCCAAGGUGUUUGAAAAAGCCCGUAACAAGGAAGAGAAGCCAAGCACGGACAUCGUGGAUGAAGACCCUUUUGCCAUCCAGAGUCUGUGCUGGUGCCCGGAGAGCCGCAUGCUGUGUGUGGCUGGGGUCUCUGCUCACGUCAUUGUUUACCGGUUUAGCAAACAGGAAAUCACCACAGAGGAAGUUCAGCUGUUGGAGGUGCGGAUGCAGUCUGAGCUGAAUGACGUAGACUCUCCAGAUGGUGGAGGAGACCACGCAUCAGCUGUAUCUACACCAGGAGCUUCAUCCAGCCCUCAGUCCAGUGUACCACAAACACACCUAUCCACCAGCAGCAACAACUCUGCCGACGGGCUCCGUGACAACGUGCCCUGCCUCAAGGUAAGAAGCACUCCGCUCAAGCAGUCUCCAGGGUACCAGGUGGAACUGGUCAUUCAGCUGGUGUGGGUCAGUGGGGAGCCACCACAGCAGAUCACCAGCCUGGCUGUCAACUCUGCCUACGGCCUUGUGGGUUUCGGUAAUGGUAACGGCCUGGUGGUGGUGGAUUAUCUUCAGAAAACCCUGCUGCUCAAUGUGAGCACUGCAGAACUGUAUGGCUCCUCCGAUCCCCACCAGAGACAGCCGCGCUCACCCCGCAAAGCCAGACAGCCCUCAGGAGGUCUCUGUGAUGGCCACGAUAGUUCUGCUUCCUUAGAAGACCGGUGCAAAUCUCCUACGUCAGGCUGCGUAAGCUCUGACUCCCCCUGCCAUUCUGAUGAUGACAACAAACCAAAUUUCUUUGAAAGGGUGAAGUCGAAAAGCAGACAGUUAUCAAAGAGUGUUGCCAAUGACUUUGCUAAGAUCUCAUGGAAAUUUAGCUUGGCUGGUGAUCAGAAACAAGAUGGGACUAUACAGCGGCACUGCUCUCUCCCUAAUAAGAAAAGUGUGUAUAAUGAGAAGGAGGAAGUGUUCAGAAGAAGAGCAACAUCUAUUCACAGGACUCACUCUGUGCCUGAUUCCAAUGCCAAGGACAACUCCUUUAGCCGCUCACGCAGCUCCAGCGUGACCAGUAUUGACAAAGAGUCACGCGAGGUCAUCUCUUCUUUGCAUUUUUGCGACUCCCUGUUCAGGAAGAGUGAUGUGGCGGCGUCCCCCAGCCUUUGGGUGGGCACCUCAGUGGGCACUAUGCUGGGUAUCUCCUUUAAUGUUCCCUCCACCCCUGAGCAGAGGCUGCAACAGUCAGUAGGCGUUUCCUUCUGUGGCUCAGUAAUCCGGUUGAAAGGAGGCAUUUUGCACAUGGCAUUGAUGGACUCAAGUGGCUCUCUACAGCCUCCUGCCUCUGAGUGCUGGUAUGACCUCAACGCCCCUGAGGAGGAGAGGGAAAAGACACGGCGGCGCCGGCCUGCCUCACCCCCUUCUUCUCAGGAGAACCAAGACACCCACUACGCUGUGGUCUGUUCUGAGAAACAGGCCAAAGUGGUGGCCCUGCCCUCACAGAACUGCAUCUUUGAACACAACAUCACCGAGACCUCGUACGUGCUGAGGGCUGACGUUGUGGUCAUGUCAGCUGGAAUCUGCAUCCCCUGCUUCUGUGCCAACGGGCAUAUUAUGGCUCUAAGUUUGCCCAGUCUGCGGCCACUGCUAGACGUCAACUAUCUGCCUCUGACGGACAUGCGGAUAGCCCGAACCUUCUGCUUCUCCAACCUGGGCCAGGCUUUGUACCUCACUUCACCUACAGAGAUCCAGAGAAUCACCUACAGUCAGGAGACCUGCGAUAACUUACAGGAAAUGCUGGGAGAACUGUUCACUCCAGUAGAGACACCAGAGGCUCCUAACAAAGGCUUCUUUAAAGGUCUUUUUGGAGGUGGGGCCCAGUCCCUGGAUCGAGAGGAUCUCUUUGGAGAAUUGUCAGCGGGGAAGGCCUCACGCAGCCUCGCUCAGCACAUUCCCGGGCCUGGUGGCAUGGAGGGUAUGAAGGGGGCAGCGUCAGGAGUGGUGGGUGAGCUGGCACGUGCCCGAAUAGCUCUAGAUGAGAGAGGACAGAAGCUUGGUGAACUGGAGGAGAGGACAGCAGCCAUGAUGGCCAGCGCAGACUCAUUUUCUAAGCAUGCACAUGAUGUGAUGUUAAAAUACAAGGAUAAGAAGUGGUAUCAGCUCUGAUGGCCACGCAGAAAGUCAGAGGGUCCUUUGUUUCAAGGCUUCAAGGCUCUGUCCCACUCUGUCUCUUUCUCUUCUUCCUCUUCCUUUCUCUCUCUCAAAAAAAGAGUUCAAUACCACAGUAUUUCCACAAUCAUUUCACACAGGUUGAGCUGAGGAGCUGAACAGAGAGUGAGAAUGGAAGAAGCAGAGAAGAGAAAAGAAAUGGCAGCAAAAACCUUCCAUUUCACAAGAUAGAAAUGUGAGGUUGAGCACUCUUUCCUGUCACAAAGAGGAUCCUUUCUGUUUCAGGAUAGAGGACUCAACAUGUAACUUUCUCUCAUCCUCAUCUCCAAUGUCUGUGCUGUCAUUUUUGUCACUGCCAUUCUAAUCAUAAAAAAAAAAAAAUAUUUCUAUAAAUAUAUGGGGCGAGAGUAGUUGAACCCUGAGCACAGUAACAGUUAUGCCCAUAGCAUUGCCUGGUGUAAUGCCUUCUGAUUACAUGGAUCUAAAUAAUAAAUAGCAUGUCUAGUGACUUAGAAACCUAGCAUUUUACUACUUUUAUUUUAUUUUAUUUUAUUUUUACAUGGACCCGAAGGCAAGACGUUUGAUGAAGCGACAUUAAUUCCAUCUCUAAAGGGCUGGUAAUGUGCUGUAACAACCAUAUAGCAUGUGAUCAUUUCUGCCAGAUCACGGACUGACCAGUGCAAAGUAGAGUCAUGUCAGUCUUUCGUUUCAGUCCUUUUUCAUAAGGACAUUUCGGUUUACACAGAUCAGAUCAGAUGUUGUGGAUUAGACUCACGACAUGUGCAUCCAAACAAAUAUUAGGGUAAAUGAACUGAGCAUGAUCUACUCAUCUGCUGAAUAUAUGUAAUUUAUAAGCAGUUGCAUAUCAUACACUGGAGAACUAUAUCCUGGAGCAUGUGUACUAUUUUUGUCCCUGUGGCGAAACUUGACUAAGACUUGACAAAAGUGUGAGGCAUGUGCCUUGUGGUGAGCGAUGUAGAAGAUUUCCUCACUAACUGGUGGAAACUCAAGUAUGUUUUGUGGAUACUUUGUGGAGUUUUAAUCCUCCUACCAUUUUUCUCCUCCAUAAUGCUUCAGCUUCUCUGCCGGUCAAACCCUAAGGAGACCCCUUAGAUCAGCUCUGGAGUGAAACUGCUAUACAGGCCUGGUUCCAUUCAGCAGUCCUCAGGUGGAGGAAAGAUAUAUUUCUCUUCUAUACAUCUUCAUCCUACCACCCCUCGAGAGUAACUUGAUAAAUGCAUGAGUUUCAUUCAGCUGAGAGAACCGACUACAACAUUCUUUGCGUUUGCUGCAGAUGAAGUGACCGAACGCCACUAAUCAACUCCAUGCUGUUGGUCAGCAUUUCCCCAAUCUUGUACCUGAGAGGGAGUUCUCUUUUGCCUUUGCUUAUCAUGCAAAUAUGCUAACCUCAACCUAUGUGUAUAUCUGAGUCUUUGUGACCAUACAUAUAUGCAGAAAUAUAUGUGUGCUCGCAUAUGGUUAUAGAAUUGCCAUAGCACCUGAUUAUUUUCGAUUCUAAGUUGAGACUUUUUUUAAUGUAUGUCAUCUUUUUUUUUUUUUUUUAAUCUUUAUUUUGGUUUGUGAGGUGCAAGAAAUUGCUGCUACUUGUUUAUUUAGGAGCAUUUUUUGUUCUCUAUUUACCAAUGAAGGAUGAUGCUUUUCUGUUCUUUUUCAAAAUUGCUGCCAAAUGUUGUAAAUAGUUGGACAUUUGAAGACAAAUUUGAGAGUGCUAGCACAAAACGACUUGAGAUGGCUGCCAUGUAUUUGUCUGACACCGGAGUUGUUUAGCUAGCUAUGACCUAAUUGUUCAAACUUAGAGGGUCUGACCUGCCGUCAUGCUUGUUAUAGAGAAUCUGAGAAUGGUGUCAUGACCUCCCUAGAAAUACAGUAAGCCACUCCUUUGCUUGCCAUGACAUAUGUGUAAAUACCUACCAAAACGGAGAAUUUUCAGCGUCUAGCGAACUGAAAACGAAUUACGCUACUGUGCUUCAUAAUCUUUUUUUUUUUUUUUUGUAUAAGCAGUUGUGUGGUUUUGCACUAUAUGUUUUGUAUUAUAAUGACAUGAAAGUCAUUUUAUUGAUAUUUUUGUAGUUUGUAUCGUAACUAUUUUUUUGGCAUUCGUUUCUUUUAGAAGGACCAAAACACGAGUAAGCAAGAUGCUGAGAUGUGUUAAUGGCAAGCUACAAGGAGUGUCUUUUACUCUCAGAUCUGUCUUCAUUGUCAGUUUAAUGAUAUAAUAUAUUUAUAUAUUUGGAAAAUAUAUAUAUACUUUUCAUUUCAAAUAUUUACAAAUAAAUACUUUUAGUAUAUUAUUUAAAGAGAAUGGUGCAUUUUAAGAUAAUUGGUUGUAUAUAUUCUCCCUGAACAUCGAAAAAUUGAAUAUAAACACUUUCGAAGGUGAGCCAACUGCUCGAUGAUCUGUAGAUGGAGGAGCUGCUUCAGCCUCGAUGCUCCGCGUGUCUGAGAGAAUGGACCAUUUCUGUAUACUGUGUGUCCUACAAGUUUUUUUGCACAAAAAAAGGCAGCAUGAUACUUAGUGUUUACAAAUUUGAAAUAUUCAUAAUGUAUACCCUUUAGAGAAGAUGUCUAAUUUCUGAAUCAUGUUAGACAAAAACAGAUCUCAUGUAUUUUUUGUUUCUCAGUCAGGCAUGGAGGAACAUAUUUAACGUGUGUUGUUACAUUUUAAAUUGUUCAGCGUGAGCAUACUCAGCCAAUACAGUACUCCCUAAAGCCCAUGCUCUUCUGUUUUCUGGGGAGAGGGUCUGUUUUCUUAAUUGCCAUGUUUGAAAGUUUCUGUGGGGUGCAGUUUUCCUCAUUAUAGCCAAGUUAUUGUACAGUUUUAUUAAGCAGAAUUUCACAUGGAUGUUUGUCUUAAUAUGCUGCCACCUACAGUCUAGGAAAUAUGUUGAUUAUACAUAACUGUGGAUUGGAAAAUAAAUGUAAAUCAAAG